AUGGAUUACAUUUCCUACAGUGGUGUGCCAAGGUUCUUGACGAGGCCCAAAGCCUUUGUGGUCUCCAUGGGCAAAGAUGCCACCCUGAGCUGCCAGAUCAUUGGCAACCCCAUCCCAUUGGUGAACUGGGAGAAGGACAAACUCCCCAUCCAGACAGGAGGACGCUUCAAGAUGGUAGAAGAUGAUGACCUUUAUCGUCUCACCAUUUACAACCUGAGCUUGGAGGACAGUGGUCAGUAUAUCUGCCGGGCCAGGAACACCAUUGGGGAAGCCUUCGCCGCUGUCAGCAUCAAAGUCGGCGAGCAGACCACGGUGACAGAAUCGGCCCCAUAUUUCAUCCAGAAGCCCACAUCCAUCCGAGUGAUCAUGGGUGAAGACGCCAUGUUCAAGUGCAUCGUCCAAGGUAGUCCUCCCCUCGCCAUCAACUGGGAGAAGGACGGGAAGCAUCUGGGAAAAUUGUCAGACUCCAACCGGAUCCGGAUUGAAUCCCAGGGCGAGAAGAAUGCUCUGAAGAUCCAAAAUACUCAUUUGGGAGACAGUGGGACCUACACUUGCCACGCAGAGAAUCCUUUAGGAUCCUCCAGUGCAGCUGCUGCGUUGAUGGUAGAUCUUCCAGAUUCAUACAGCCCAGGCAGCACGAGACACAGUAUAGAUGACAUCAGUAGCAAGACCUCUCCGUUGUUGUCCCACAUGCAGAAAAGACGAGAAGAAAUCCGGAAGGGCGAUUUGUCCAAAGUAGACUCCUUGAUCUCCACUGAAGGACGGUCCAAACUUGGAUUGAGCUUGUCCUUAGAUUACGAACGGGCUGCUAAUUUGACCUCCAAGGGACUCCGAGGCGAUGGAGGUUCAUAUUAUCGGGUCACCACCCGAAGUUUCACUGUCACCGAGGGCAAGCACGCCAAAAUGAGCUGCUACGUAACCGGAGAACCCAAACCGGAGACAGUUUGGAAGAAGGACGGAGAGGUUAUCAUGGAGAGCCGGAGACACAUAAUUUACGAGGACGAGCAAGAGAAUUUUGUCUUGAAGAUCCUCUUCUGCAAACAGGUCGAUAAUGGCCUCUACACCUGCACAGCUUCAAAUUUGGCGGGUCAGACCUACAGUUCUGUGUUGGUGACCGUAAAAGAACCAAAAAUACCUUUCAAGACAAAACUCCAAGAUUUGGAAGUUCGGGAGAAGGACUCCGUGAUCUUCUUGUGUGAAGUGCCCUGUUCUGAUAUAGAGACCACUUGGUUCAAAGAGGAGACCAGACUUCAACAGAAUGACAAGUACAAGAUUGAAGAAGAUGGGAUAUGCCGCAAGCUCACCAUUCAAAAUGUCACCAUGGAUGAUGAUGCUGUCUAUAUUUGCGAGAUGAAGGAAGGCAGCAGAACCAUUGCUGAAUUGAGCGUUCAAGGCAACAUUAUCAAGAAACUGCCAAGGAAGACCGCUGUCAGUAUAAAAGACACUGCCGUGUUUUCGGUGGAACUGGAACAGAAGUGCGAGAAGUUCCGAUGGUUGAAGAAUAAGGAAGAAUUAAAACCCAGCAGCCGCGUUUCAAUCUCCUCCGCAGACAGGGAAUACACCAUGAUCAUCCGGGAUUGUCAAAUGGAAGAUGGAGGAGAGAUUGUCUUUGUGGCUGAUGAAUGUAGAACAUCCACACAAUUUACUGUCUCCGCUCCAAAGAAGCCCCCAUCACAUCCUCCAACUGACCCAGUGGUGAAAAACAAAACAGAAACCUCAGUGACGUUAGCUUGGUCUCUUCAGAAGACAGACCGGCCUAUCCCGAUUGAUGGCUACCUUAUUGAACGUAAGAAGCUGACAGGAUUCACAUGGCUGAGGUGCCACCAAGCUCUGGUGUCCCAAACUGAGUUCACAGUCAACAACAUGACUGAAGAGGCUGACUACCAAUUCCGAGUUUCUGCAGUCAACAAAUAUGGCCAAAGUGAUUAUCUGGAAUUUCCUGGAGUCUGGCAUCUUGAACCUACCCUGGCAGUGAAAACCCCUAUGAGAAAUGUUGAAGUCGCACCAGGGAGAGAUGCAACUUUCACUGUGGACCUCACCACCCCUAGUCCUGGCUCAUGGUACAUCAAUGGCAACCUUGUCCAGAACAGUGACAAAUACAUAAUUACAAGAACCAAAGCAAGCCACAGUUUAAUCAUUAAGAGGGUCACCAGUGCUUUCAAGGAGGCAGAGGUGAAAUUUGUAGCCAAGGAUAUCGAAAGCAUUGGAAGAAUCACCUUGAAAGAUGAAGUGGCCACAUUUGUCAACGAGUCAGCCCCCGGGAUUUCAGUCAACCUCCAUGAGAAGUUUGAGCUGGUUUGUGAGGUGUCCUCGGCUACUGAUGCGGUCUUGUGGAAAAAGGGGAAGAAGGACAUCAAGCCAGACCAAAGGGUAACAUUUUCCGUUCAGGGAAAACAGCGAAAACUUAUUGUCCAAAGCGCUAUCAAGGAAGAUGAAGGGGUUUAUACCUGUGAAUCAAAGGAUGACCGACUAACCUUCCAGGUGGAGGUCAAAGAGCCUACAGAGGUCUUUUUCGACAAGGAGAAAGUCCAGAAAGAAAUCAGAGCUAUUCUCUCAGAAAAUGCCUUUCUCAGCUGCGAAGUGGCACAGCCCACGAUUGAAGCAAGAUGGUUCAAGGGUGGGAAACUCAUCACCCCCAGCAAGAAAUUCAAGAUUGAAACAGAAGGGAAAUCUCGCUGGCUGAUUAUCCGACAAGCUGAUAGGAAAGAUGAAGGUCAAUACACCUGUGAAGCAGAUGGCCAGAAACUGGCCUUCAAAGUGAUUGUAACAGAUAGAGAAGUUGAGGAGAUAUUUGUCAACCAGAAGAAGGUCCAGAAGGACAUCAAGGCUGUGGCUUCAGAGAACGUCUCUCUCAGCUGUGAGGUGGCCCAGGCCAAGGCAGAUGUUAAGUGGUAUAAAGAUGGAAAGCUGAUCACUGACACCAAGAAGUUCAAAAUAGAAGAACAAGGUGCAUCCCGUUGUCUGGUUGUUCAACAGGUGGAGAAGAAAGAUGCAGGUGAAUAUACCUGCGAAGCUGAUGGCCAGAAGCUCACUUUCAAAGUCACGGUUACAGAUGAAAAAAUUAAGGAAGUCUUUGUCAACAAGGAGAAGGUCCAGAAAGACAUCAGAGUUGUAGUUUCAGAGGACAUUUCUCUCAGCUGUGAGGUGGCCCAGGCCAAGGCGGAAGUUAAAUGGUUCAAAGAUGGAAAAUUGAUCACCUCCAACAAAAAAUUCAAAGUAGAAGCAGAAGAUAGAUCCCAUCACCUGGUUGUCCAGCAGGCAGAGAAGAAAGAUGCAGGUGAAUACACCUGUGAAGCAGAUGGUCAGAUGCUGAAAUUCCAAGUAACUGUAACAGAUAAAGAAGUUCAGGAGAUGUUUGUCAACAAGGAGAAAGUCCAGAAGGACUUCAAGGCUGUGGCUUCAGAGGAUCUCUCUCUCAGCUGCGAGGUGGCCCAGGCCAAGACAGAAGUCAAAUGGUUCAAGGAUGGAAAACUGAUCACCUCCAGCAAGAAAUUCAAGGUGGAAGCUGAAGGCAGAUCCCGGCGUCUGAUUAUUCAACAGGUGGAGAAGAAGGAUGGCGGCGAAUACACCUGUGAAGCUGAUGGCCAGAAGCUCACAUUCAAAGUCACAGUUGCAGACAGAGAAGCUAUGGAAGUGUUUGUCAACAAGGAGAAGGUCCAGAAGGACAUCAAGGUUGUAGCUUCAGAGAAUGCCUCCCUCAGCUGCGAGGUGGCCCAGGCCAAGACAGAAGUCAAAUGGUUCAAAGAUGGAAAACUGAUCACCUCUAGCAAGAAAUUCAAGGUGGAAGCUGAAGGCAGAUCCCGGUGUCUGGUUGUCCAACAGGUGGAGGAGAAGGAUGGAGGUGAAUACACCUGUGAAGCUGAUAGCCAGAAGCUCACCUUCAAAAUCACGGUUGCAGAUAGAGAAGCUGAGGAGAUUUUUGUCAACAAGGAGAAGAUCCAGAAGGAUAUCAAGGUUGUAGCUUCAGAGAAUCUCUCUCUCAGUUGUGAGGUGGCCCAGGCCAAGACAGAUGUCAAAUGGUUCAAGGAUGGAAAAUUGAUUACCUCCAGCAAGAAAUUCAAGGUGGAAGCAGAAGGUAGAUCCCGGCAUCUGACUGUACAACAGGUGGAAAAGAAAGAUGGUGGUGAAUACACCUGUGAAGCUGGUGGCCAGAAGCUGAACUUCAAAGUUGCAGUUGUAGAUAGAGAAGCUGAGCAGAUGUUUACCAACAAGGAGAAAGUCCAGAAGGACUUCAAGGCUGUGGCUUCAGAGACCAUCUCCCUCAGCUGUGAGGUGGCCCAGGCCAAGGCAGAUGUCAAAUGGUUCAAGGAUGGAAAAUUGAUCACCUCCAGCAAGAAAUUCAAGGUGGAAGCUGAAGGGAGAUCCCGGCGUCUGAUUGUUCAACAGGUGGAGAAGAAGGAUGGAGGCGAAUACACCUGUGAAGCUGGUGGCCAGAAGCUCACUUUCAAAGUCGCAGUUGCAGAUAGAGACGCGGAGGAGAUCUUUGCCAACAAAGAAAAAAUUCAGAAGCACAUCAAGACUGUUCCCUCAGAGACUGUCUCUCUCAGCUGUGAGGUGGCCCAGGCCAAGACAGAUGUCAGGUGGUUCAAGGAUGGAAAACUGAUCACUGCCAGCAAGAAAUUCAAGGUAGAAGCAGAUGGCAGAUCCCGGCAUCUAAUUGUACAACAGGUGGAGAAGAAAGAUGCAGGUGAAUAUACCUGUGAAGCCAAUGGCCAGAAGCUGAACUUCAAAGUCACGGUUGCAGAUGCAAAAGAUGAGGAGAUGUUUGUCAACAAGGAGAAGAUCCAGAAGGAUAUCAAGGUUGUAGCUUCAGAGAACAUUUCUCUCAGCUGUGAGGUGGCCCAGGCCAAGACAGAAGUCAAAUGGUUCAAGGAUGGAAAAUUGAUCACUUCCAACAAAAAAUUCAAAGUGGAAGCAGAGAGUAGAUCCUGGUGUGUGAUUGUUCAACAGGUGGAGAAAAAAGAUAGUGGUGAAUACACCUGUGAAGCUGACGGCCAGAAACUCACCUUCAAAGUCACAGUUGCAGAUGAAAAAGUUAAAGAGGUGUUUGUCAACAAAGAAAAAGUCCAGGAGGACAUCAAGGUUGUAGCUUCAGAGGAUGUCUCUCUCAGCUGUGAAGUGGCCCAGGCCAAGGCAGAAGUGAAAUGGUUCAAAGAUGGAAAACUGAUCACCUCCAGCAAGAAAUUCAAAGUAGAAGCACAAGGUGGAUCCCGUUGUCUCAUUGUGCAACAGGUGGAGAAGAAAGAUGCAGGUGAAUACACCUGUGAAGCUGAUGGCCAGAAACUAACUUUCAAAAUCACAGUUGCAGAUAGAGACGCUGAGAUGUUUACCAACAAGGAAAAGGUCCAGAAGGACAUCAAGGCUAUGGCUUCAGAGACCAUCUCCCUCAGCUGUGAGGUGGCCCAGGCCAAGACAGAAGUCAAAUGGUUCAAGAAUGGGAAAUUGAUCACCUCCAACAAGAAAUUCAAAGUGGAAGCUGAAGGGAGAUCCCGGCGUCUGAUUGUUCAACAGGUGGAGAAGAAAGAUGAAGGUGAAUACACCUGUGAAGCUGGUGGCCAGAAGCUCAUCUUCAAUGUCACCAUAGCAGAAGCUGAGGAGAUGUUUGCCAACAAGGAGAUGUUCGAGAAGGACCUCAAGGUUGUGGCUACAGAGACCAUCUCUCUCAGCUGUGAGGUGGCCCAGGCCAAGACAGAAGUCAAAUGGUUCAAAGAUGGAAAACUGAUCACCUCCAGCAAGAAAUUCAAGGUGGAAGCAGAAGGCAGAUCCCGGCGUCUGAUUAUUCAACAGGUGGAGAAGAAGGAUGGCGGCGAAUACACCUGUGAAGCUGGAAAACAGAAGUUGACUUACAAAGUUGUUGUUGAAGAAGCUCCUGAAGUCUUUACAAAUAAGGACAAAAUAAAGAAGGAGGUCAAGACCGCCCUGAAGGAGAAUGCCAUUUUGACCUGCCAGGUGGCCACUCCGGACACUCAGGUGGAAUGGUACAAAGAUGGACAACCCGUCCCCAUCAGCAAACACAUCAAGAUGGAAUCAGAUGGAACCACUCGUAAACUGUACCUGGAGCAAGUGGCAAUGAAGGACGUUGGAGAGUAUACCUGUGAAGCAGGUGGUCAGAAAGUGACUUUCAAGGUGGAAGCAACAGAACCAGAGGCCAAACUCCAAAGAAAAGCUGCUCAGGAGGAGACCGUUGUUGCUCAGGAGCACCAGGAGGUCACCUUUUCCACCAUGGUAUCACCUGAGGAUGCUGAGGUCAAAUGGUUCAAGGACGGAGUUGAGAUCCAAGAUGGUAAAAACUAUGAGGUCAAGAAGGAAAAGGAGACUAGGACCUUGAUUGUGAAGACAGCCGAAACAAAAGAUGCUGGUCUGUACACCUGCGAAACUAUGAGUGAGAAACAGCAGUUCCAACUCAAGGUGGAAGAAGUACCGGUUAAGUUUGCCAAAAAGCUAGAGCCCAUAAAAGCUGAGCUCGGAAAAGCUUUGAGCUUGAGUUGUGAACUCAGCCAGCCCGAAGGCACGGUUGUGUGGCGCAAGGAUGGAACAAUCCUUAAAGCCAGCAAGCACUACCUAAUGCAAGAAAUUGGUGCCAAGAGAGUGCUGGUCAUCUCCAGCUUACGAGCAGAGGACAAGGGAGAAUAUUCAUGCGAGACAAGGAAUGACCAAUGCACCAUUCAAGUCACACCCACAGCACCUCGCGUUGUGAAGUUUGUCAAGGGCCUCUCCAAAGUUGUGGCAGAAGAAGGCAAAGAGGCCGUUUUUGAAUGUACCGUCUCCCCCAGCGACACAUCCGUAAAGUGGAGCCACCGCGGCGCCCCGAUUGAAGCCAGCAAGAAAUACGUCGUUUCUCAUCGGGAUGUCCAUCAUAGUCUCACCCUCACUGAAUUGACAGUCCAGGACAGCGGGGAAGUCACCGCCGAAGCUGAAGGAGAAGAGAGCCGGGCAUACCUCCGAGUGGAAGAAGCGCCAGUAUUAUUCGUGAAGAAGUUGGAGGCCAAAGUUGUAGAAGAGAAGCAGACGAUUGUCCUCGAAGUUGAGCUAUCUAAGCCAACCCCAGAGGUAAAGUGGACAAAGAACGCGAGUAUCCUUCACCCGACGGCCAAUCUGGAGAUCCAGGCCCAGGGAACAAAGCACCGCCUGGUGAUCAGGAGCGCAUCCUGUGACGAUCGUGGAUUUUAUUCCUGCGAGACCCUCCAUGAUAAGACGCAAGCCAAGGUCACUGUAGACAUGAGACCCAUCAAACUGAUCAAAGGCCUGCAACCGACAGAUGUUUAUGAGAAAGAACCAAUCACUUUUGAGGUGGAACUGUCCCAUGAAGAUGUGGAAGCAGUUUGGAUGAAGGAUGGUCUCCGUCUCAAGUCUCAGGACAACUGCCAGAUAUCUGUCCAAGGGAAGAAGCACUCACUGACCCUCUCGUCCCUGACAUUGGAAGAUUCAGGCCUUAUUUCCUUCAAGGCCGAAGGGAUUCACACCACCUGCAGGCUCAAUGUGAAAGAAUCCCCUGUGAAAAUCAUCACACCUUUAAAAGAUCUCAAAGUUCAGAACAAGGAUGACGUGACCCUCGAGUGCGAACUUUCCAGGGCCAACGCGGAAGUGAAGUGGCGUAAGAAUGGAGUGGAGAUCCGGCCAAGUAAAAAGAUGGUCAUCGCUUCUAGAGGAACAAAGAGAAGCAUCAUCAUUCAUACAUGCGAAUACGAAGACCAAGGAACAUACAUGUGUGAUGCGGUAGAUGAUAAGAGCUCAGCUGUUUUGGAGAUCUAUGAACAAACCAUCAACAUCGUGAAGGAGCUGAGAGACGUGGAGGUAAUGGAACCAGCUGAAGCCCGCUUUGAGUGCGAAAUCUCCGUCCAUUCUGUGAAGCCCCCCAAAUGGUCUCUCCGCGGGGAAGUGCUACAGAAGGGCCCAAAUGUCAUCAUAGAGCAAGAGGGGAAAAUCCAUCGGCUGAUCUUGAGGAAAACCAAUGUGGACAUGACAGGCACCAUCCAAUUUGCCAUUGGAAAGUCCAAAUCCUUGGCUGAUCUGGUGGUCAAAGAUAUUCCGGUGAUCUUCACCAGACCUCUAGAAGACAGGACAGUCCUGGAAACGCAUUCGGUGGUCCUCUCUUGUGACUUCAAGCCAUCCCCAAAAGAGGUUGAGUGGUACAGGAACCACACAUUGCUGGAACCUUCUGAGAAAUUUAAGAUGAAGAGGGAGAAGUUCACAGCAGAGCUCAAAAUCCUGAGAUUGACUGUCGGGGAUUCAGGUGUCUACCGAUGCAAAGCCGGAAGCGCAGAGACGAAAGCCACGUUGACCAUUUUGGAACGCAAAGUGGAGAUCACCAAACAUCUGCAGGAUGUGGAGGUUGAUGAAGAGAGCUUGGCCACCUUCUCCUGUGAGUUGUCUGAAGAUUGUGAGGAUGUUGAAUGGUUCCUCAAUGACACCCACCUCUCCCCCAACAACUUCAAUGAGAUAAAGCAUUUGGGCAAGUCCCACAGCCUGACGCUGAAGCAUGUCACACCGGAAGACAGUGGGACAGUGACCAUCAAAGUCCAGAAGAAAACCUCGGAGAGCACCCGGCUGAAGGUGAAAGAGAAGCCAGCCGUUUUCAUGAAAUCUCUGGACGACGUGGUUGCUGAGGAACGAAGCACUAUCACACUGGAGUGUGAAGUCUCAAAAUCAAAAGUGAAACCGGUGUGGAAGAAGGAAGGGGUGGAACUAACCCCAGGAGAUAAAUAUGAGAUGCUGCAAUCUGGGAAAACCCUGGGACUCACCAUCCGAGAUCUCGGCAAGGAUGAUGCUGGAUGGUACACGUGUGACCUUGGGAUGGACAUCGCCAAGUCUAAAGUCAUCAUUCAAGAGCUCAAUAUCGGCAUCACAAAGCGUCUAAAAAGUGUCGAGGUGCAGGAAGGAGAGGGUUGUAGCUUCGAAUGUGUCCUCUCACACGAGAGUCUGGAGGGUUGUCAGUGGCUAAUCAAUGGGAAUGAAGUCAGCCAUGAUGCCCGAUUCCGAGCCUUCAACAAAGGAAGGAAAUACACCCUCACAAUCAAGAAAACCUUAAUUACCGAUGCCGGUGAAGUAGUUUUUUCCGUCCGCGAUUUAAAAUCCAAAGCAUCUCUAGUGGUGAAAGAAAAACCCGCAGAAUUCACAAAACAGCUGGAGGACAAGUCCGCCUUGGUGGGACGUGAAGUCAGCCUAAGUUGUGACUUGUCCAGAUGGGACAACAACCUGAAGUGGAAGAAGGAUGGCAAAGAGAUUCGGAGGAGUCAAAAAUACGACCUACGUCAGGAAGGCACCCGGGCGAUUUUAAUCAUCCAUGACACCACAAUGAAAGAUGGUGGAGAAUAUACCUGCGAGACUGAAUUUUCCAAAACGAAAGCCACGCUAUCGGUGGAAGAAGCUGGAAACUGCUUUGUGAAGGAUCUUGAGGACUUGAAGGUGGAGGAGAACAAGAAUGCCACCCUCACUUGCGAAACCAAGAAACCAACUUCUUCUGUGACAUGGAGGAAAGGCAUUCUUGACCUUCAAACUAGCCAGAAAUAUGAGAUCAGCCAAAAAGGGACAGUCUUGCAACUCCUCAUCAAAGACCUUAAAGAAAACGAUAGUGACAUCUACACUUGUGACAUUGGUGACAGCCAAUCCAGUGCAAAGCUGGUGGUGCAAGGCCUGCCGGUAGUUUUUAACCAAGAACUACAAAACAAGGAAGCCCAGGAAGGGAAUAAAGUCCGUCUUACUUGUGAGCUUAACAAACCAGAUGUUCCCGUGCAGUGGAUGAAAGGCAAUGUAGUCCUGGAAGCAGGGGACAAGUAUGAAUUCAAGCAAAGGGGUCCUGUGGCCGAGCUCGUCAUCCGGGAUGCAAAGCUGUCGGAUGCAGGGGAAUAUAUUUGCAAGAGUGGAGACCUGAAGACUUCUGCGCGAGUGGAAGUGACAGCAGCCCCUGCCAUUUUUAAGGAAAAGCUUAAGGAUGUGGAAAAGAAAGAGGGUGAGACGGUCACUUUGCGCUGCGUCCUCGCCACGCCAGAGGUCAAAGUGGUAUGGAAGAAAGGUGUGACUCUCCUUCGAGCGAGCGAGAAGUACGAGAUGAAAAAGGACGGCUGUGUGGCUGAGCUGCUGAUUCACCACGCACAACCUGAGGAUGCAGGAAAAUAUACUUGUGAUGCGGGAGAGAAACAGAGCACAGCUCAGAUCAAAGUUCACGGUAGGGAAAGAUGGUGGAUACAUUCCUCGUCUUCACUUGCCCUUUCCUCGUCUAAAUGUCUGUGGGGAUUCUCAAUCAUCCAGGACAUGUUGAUGUAUUUUCAAAAGGCAACUGGACUUUGUUUUUCCUUGAAGAGAAGUGGGACGGAUACGACGCCACCUAUCUCCUCUCCUUUCAGUAGUAACAAAAAGGUUCCACUCCAUUUGCACUAUUCAACUACACCUGUCAGUUUUAAAGAAAAACUGAAGAAGGCUGAAGGUCUGGAAGGUGGAGUAGCUACUCUCUGCUGUGAAUUAAAUAAACCUGCUCCGGUGGAGUGGUUGAAAGGACAAAAAACUUUACGGCCAGGCAGCAAAUACCGAAUGAAGAAAGAAGGCACAAUCGUUGAGUUGACAAUCCAUGAUCUGGACCUGAAAGAUGCUGGAGAUUAUACCUGCAUUUCUGGAGACCAACAGAUGACCACAGUCUUAACUGUGAAUGCCGUGGCUGCGCAAUUCAAAACUCAACUGAAGAACCAGGAGGUGACCGAAAGUGGAACUGCCACUCUGCAUUGCGAGUUGACCAAAGCGGUAGAUUUGGUCGUGUGGAUGAAGGAUGAAAAAGUACUGAAACCAAGUGAGAAGUACCGAAUGAGGUUAGAAGGACGCUUUGCUGAGCUGUCCAUCCAAGAUCUGGAGGUCUCAGAUGCUGGAAGUUACACUUGCAUGUGCGGGGAUCAGAAGACCAAAGCAACUUUGAAAGUGAAUGCACUGCCCGUGUUUUUCCAAGAAGAACUAAAAAACAAGGAAGGGAUUGAAGGGGAAUCUACCACUUUCCAAUGUAAGCUGAAUAAAGCAGCAACUGUGGAAUGGUACAAGGGAUCUAGGCUGCUAAAACCAGAUGGAAAAUUCCAAUUAAAACAGGAAGGUCCUUGUGUUGAACUGGUGAUCCAAAGCUUGGAUGUCAUUGAUUCUGGAGAUUAUACUUGCAAAUGUGGAGCCCAGAAGACUACAGCUAAAUUGACCAUAAAUGCCCUGCCGGUCCUCUUCAUCAAAUCCUUGAAAGAUGAAGAAGCUAUGGAAGGCAAGGUUGCCACUUUCCAGUGUGAGCUGAACAAAAUCUCUGCCCCCAUAGAGUGGAAGAAAGGACACAAGAUCCUUAAGUCAGGAAGCAAAUAUAAAAUGAAACACGAAGGAAAAAUUGCUGAACUGGUGAUCCAGAACUUGGAAGUAACAGAUUCUGGAAUCUAUGCUUGUAUAUCUGGAGAACAGCAAACCACAGCAACUUUAGAAGUCAAGGCUCUGCCCGUUCUUUUCAAAGAAGGGCUGAAGAACCGGGAAGCUGUUGAAGAUGCCACCACUACCCUCCACUGCGAGAUGUCUAAAGCUGGGGCUGAGGUCCAGUGGAAGAAAGGGUCACAAACGCUUAAGCCAAGUGAUAAAUACAGAAUGAGGCAGGAGGGUCCUGUUGCCGAGUUGUUGAUUCGAGAUCUGAAGGUGGUAGACACGGGAGAUUACUCCUGUGUGUGUGGAGAUCAGAAGACCACAGCCGUCUUGACUGUUCAUGCUCUACCUCUGCGUUUCCAAGAAGAACUCAAAAACCAAGAGGUCCUGGAAGGAAGAACGGCCAUUCUGCGCUGUGCCUUAAAUAAAACUGCCAUGGUGGAUUGGAGAAAGGAUGCACAGAUGCUCCAACCAGGUGCAAAAUACAAAAUCAAACAGAAAGAAAACGUUGCAGAACUUACAAUCCAGGAUGUGACUGAAGAGGAUGCGGGAGAAUAUUCCUGUAUUUGUGAAGAUCAGACCACAUCAGCCACUGUCACUGUGCAGGUGUUACCUCCAGGUUUCAAAGUCAACCUGAAGAACCUCGAAGCUGCUGAAGAUGGCGCUGCCGUUCUUCGGUGCGAGCUGACCAAAACUCCUGCCCUUGUGAAAUGGUGGAAGGGAAGUGAGGUUUUGAAGCCCAGUGACAAAUAUGAAAUGAAACUGGAAGGUGUGGUUGCUGAAUUGGUGGUCCACCACUUGCAAAUGGCCGAUACUGGGGAUUACAGCUGCACCAUCGGCGAUUCGAAGACUUCAGCUUUCUUAAGGGUGAAUGCCAUCCCUGCAAGGUUCAAGAAAGGUCUGGAAGACCAAGAAGCUACAGAAGGUGGAACUAUUACUCUCCAGUGUGAGCUGACAAAAACGGCUACGGUGGAAUGGAAAAAGAAACACAAGACGCUGCGUGCAAAUGACAAAUACAGCCUGAAGCAGGAAGGCCCUGUGGUAGAGUGUGUGAUCCAUAACCUUGGUCUUGGAGAUGCUGGAGAAUACUCCUGUGUCUGUGGUGAUCAGAAAACCACUGCGGAUCUGGCAGUCCGCGCCCUACCUCCCCAAUUCAAACAGGAACUGAAGGAUGUGGCAGCCGUCGAAAAUGAAACAGCCGUGUUGCAUUGUGAGCUCACCAAAGCUGCUCCUGUGGAAUGGAUGAAGGAAGGAAAAAAAUUAAAAGGGGACAAAUACAAAUUGAGACAGGAAGCAUCUGUCGCUGAGUUGGUAAUCCGCAAUUUAGAAGUUGAGGAUGCUGGACGUUACACCUGUAUUUGUGGAGAUCAGAAAACUUCAGCUGUAUUGACUGUUAAAGCCCUCAAGCCUGAAUUCAUGCAGCGACUGAAGGAUGAGAAAGUGGAUGAGGGCACCACGGUCAGAUUUCGUUGUGAGGUGACAGUCCCUAAAGCCGCAGCAGAAUGGCGCAAAGAUGGUGCAAAAAUCCAUGCUAGUCCCAAAUAUGACAUCAGACAAGAUGGUGGCGUCCGUGAUUUGCUCAUUCAUAACUUGGAACCCCAAGACAGCGGAGAGUAUUCGUGCAUCGUUGGAGACCAAACCACGUCUGCCACAUUAUCUGUGCAAGCUCUCAAGCCUGAAUUUGUACAGCGCCUGAAGGAUGAGAAAGUGGAUGAGGGCAGUACGGUCAAAUUUCACUGUGAGGUGACAGUCCCUAAAGCCCCAGCAGAAUGGCGCAAAGAUGGUGCAAAAAUCCAUGCUGGUCCCAAAUAUGACAUCAGACAAGAUGGUGGCAUCCAUGAUUUACUCAUUCAUAACUUGGAAGCCCAAGACAGCGGAAAGUAUUCGUGCAUUGUUGGAGACCAAACCACAUCUGCCACAUUAUCUGUGCAAGUCCUCAAAGCUGAAUUCACACAACGUCUGAAGGAUGAGAAAGCAGAAGAGGGAAGCACAGCCAGAUUACACUGUGAGAUCACAGUCACUAAAGCCCCCGUGGAAUGGCACAAAGAUGGUGUAAGAAUCCACGCUAGCCCCAAAUAUGACAUCCAACAGGAUGGGGGCAUCCAUGAGUUACUCAUUCAUAACUUGCAACUCCAAGACAGCGGUGAAUAUUCAUGUAGCAUUGGAGACCAAACCACGUCUGCCACGUUAUCUGUGCAAGAAGUGGACAUCACCAUCAUCAAGGGACUGAAAAGUGCAGAGGUCUUGGAAGAGGAAGAAGUCACCUUUGAGUGCGAAGUCUCCCAUGACAACGCAAAAGAUGUGGAGUGGAAACUGCAAGAUUUGUCGCUUCAAAACAAUCAGAUGAAUGAGAUCUCAGUCGAGAGAGGACGGGUGCACAAGUUGACACUCCGCAACGUCACCCAGCAGGAUUCUGGCAUAGUCACCUUCCGGGUGGGACCGUAUACCUCCACAGCGAGGCUCAGAGUGGACGCCCCGCAUCCUGACUUCCAGCAAGAGCUGAGCAACUUAGAAUUGCAAGAAGGCAGCACCGCUUUCCUCAAAUGCGAAGUCUCUAUGCUCAACGUCUCUGCUAUCUGGAAAAAAGGCUCGGAAGUCAUCGCUCCGAGCGCCAAGUACGAGAUCAGUCAGCAUGGAACGACCCAUAUUUUAAAGAUUUAUGGUGUAACUCGAAGAGAUUCUGGAAAAUAUAUUUGCGACAUUGGACAUGGGAGAAGCAUGGCCACAUUAUCAGUGGAAGCUCUCUCAGCCCGUCCAGCGCUUUUUCAAGUCCAGCUGGAAAACCAGGAGGUCAAGGAAGGCGCAACGAUCACCCUGGCCACUGCGCUCACAAAACCUGAUGUGCCUGUCCAGUGGAUGAAAGGCUCUGCCCAACUGCAGCCAAGUCACAAGUAUGAGAUGAGACAAAAGGCAUCUUAUGUGGAGCUGCUGAUCCAUGAUGCACAAGUGGAGGAUGCAGGCCACUAUACCUGUCAAACCGAGGAUCAACAGACCACUGCAUCUGUGCUUGUCAAAGAAAUACCGGCCACCAUAGAAGAAAAAUUGAAAGACCUCACUGUUCACGAAGGAGAGGAUGCCGUGUUUCGCUGUGUGGUUUCUCAUGAGAAGGCCAAAAACCCGCAAUGGAGUUUGGCAGGUGUGCCUCUGCAAUCCAAUGAAAUGAACCAAAUUAGCGUGGAAGGCAAAAUUCACACCCUCGUUCUCCGAAAAGUCACCCUUGAAGACUCCAGCACUGUCAGUUUCCAAGUUGGUCAGAAUUCAACACAGGCUCAGUUAUUGGUACAAGCUGCACCAAUAAUCCUCCUAAAAAAGCUGGAGAAUGCAGAAGUAGCCGAAAACGGCAUGGCAACUUUCCGCUGUGAGCUUUCCAAACCUGGCAUCCCAGUAGAGUGGAGAAAGGGAUCGUCCCUGAUACAGCCCAGCCAGAAGUUUGAAGUCAAGACAGAAGGCAAUGCCUACAUUUUAAUCAUCCAUGACGUGGUUCCAGAAGACGCGGGACAAUAUAUGUGCAGUGCAGCUGACAAGAAAACCACCGCCAAGCUAAAAGUUAAAGCUCUGCCAGUAUUGUUCAAGAGAGGUCUGCAGAACAAGGAGGUUGAAGUAGGAAACACUGUGUCAUUGUGUUGUGAGUUGUCCAAGCCGAUGUCACCUGUGGUGUGGAGAAAAGGAAACGUGAAGCUUCAGUCGGGUGAGAAGUAUGAGAUCAGACAAGAAGGGAACUUUGCUGAGCUUCUCAUUUAUGAUCUGGAAAUUCAGGACGGUGGCGAUUAUACGUGUGAUUCAGGAGACCAGCAGACCACUGCCACAGUGAAGGUCAAAGCGUUACCUAUCUUCUUUGAAGAAGGGUUGCAAAACGUUGAGUCAGAGACUGGAGGGAUAGCUGUCCUGUGUGGCAAGAUCUCAAGUCCCAACACUCCCGUUGAGUGGCGGAAAGGGUCCCUCAUUCUACAGCCCAGUGCCAAGUACGAGAUGAAGCAAAAAGGCCCCACCGUGGAGCUGAUCAUCCAUGAUUUGGAACCGGAGGAUUGUGGAUCGUAUACAUGCAGCACUGGAGACGAGCUGUCCACGGCCUCGGUAUACGUGCAAGAAGAGGAAAUACAGAUAGUUUCUGGUUUAAAGAACACGGAUAUUUUUGCCGGGGAAUCGGCUACUUUUACCUGCGAGCUCUCCCGACCCGGAACACAAAACGCGCAGUGGUGGCUGGACGGCUCCCCUCUUCACAACAGCCCUGCAAAUGAAAUCUCGGUGCAAGGUGGGACCAUUCACAAGCUGAUCUUAAAAGACCUGGGUCUCAAUGAUUCAGGAACAGUGAUCUUCCGAGCAGGUUCUCUGAUAUCCUCGGCUAAGUUAUUAAUCAAAGAUCCGACCAUCGAGGUGGUCAGCCCCAUGCAGGACCUAACUGUGGAAGAAGAUGGGACCGCGGAACUCAUCUGCCAGUAUUCUCGGCCAGUGCAGGCCAUCUGGAAGAAGGAUGACCAACCUCUUUGGGGAGAUGGCCAGCGAAUUGUGGUUGAGCAGGACUGGAACGUGGCCAGAUUGAAAAUCAAGCCGGCUUUUCCUGGUGACAUGGGGAUUUACUCUUGUGAAGCUGGAGGCACCAAAGUGGUGGCCAUGCUUGACGUUCAAGCCAAGAACACAGUCAUCCAGGGCCUCGAGAACGUGGAUGCGAUGGAAGGAGGGGAAGCUCUCUUUGAGUGUUAUCUUUCCAAACCAGAAAUCUACAAUUAUAACUGGUUGAUCGAUGAUGUGCCGGCAAAAACAUCUGAAAAUGUAGAGCUGGUUUAUUUUGAAAAUGGGCUUCGCCAUCUUCUGCUUCUGAAGAACCUCAAAGUCCAAGACAGCUGCAGGGUGACCUUCCAAGCGAGCGAUGUGGUCACGUCUGCCUUCUUGACCGUAAAAGGAUGGAGACUGGAAUUCUUGCAGCCACUGACGGAUGUCACCAUCUGUGAGGGGGAACAAGCUGUCUUCACCUGUGUGUUAAGUGAAGCAGUACCCAUCCAUGAGAUUGCCUGGUAUAUUAAUGACAUAGACAUCCAACCGGACGAAAAUUGGAGAAUUGAAGUAGAAGAAAAUAUCUACAAACUCAUCCUAAAGAAAGCUCAGCUUGUCCACUCUGGAGAGAUAACUUUUGCUGCCAGAGAUGCUAUUGUGUCUGCAAAAUUGACUGUCACAGAACCUGUUGAAGUCACUCAGCCUUUGGUUGACCAGUCUGCUCCGCAAGGAGAGAAGGCCAAGUUGCAGUGUGAAUUUUCCAGUGAGACCCAAGAGGUGAUUUGGGUCAAAGGGAAAGAACCAAUCCAACCUGGUGGACGAUAUGAAAUCAUCUCUGAAGGCAAAAAACAGACACUCAUCAUACAUGAUUUUAAACCUGAAGAUCAAGGAUCCUACACCUGUACCGCCUCGCCUGAAAUAAAAACUUCUGCCAAUCUUUUGAUUGAUGUUUCUUCUGUGCCAACGUUGAAAGAAGUUGUUGAGGAAGCACCCAUCUCUAAAGAGCCAACAAAGGUAGCGGAUGAAGAGGUUCAACCUAGCUUGCCACCCGAAGCUGCUCAGGAAGGGGACCUCCACCUUCUGUGGGAAGCUCUGGCCAAGAAGCGGAGGAUGAGUCGCGAGCCGACCUUGGACUCAAUCAGUGAACUGCCUGAAGAAGACGACAAACUUCAGAAGAGGAAGAAGGAGGAAGGGGAGAUAACCCCAUACUUCUCCGAGGAAUACUCUACUUGUGAUGAAUCUGCAAAAGCUGGAGAAGCAGAUUUUUCCAUCACAAGUUCAGAUGACGAAUCUAGAGCUGGAACACCUUCCUUAAUCACCUACCUUAAGAAGGCUGGAUCAUCUACAAUGAGCAUCAGUCACAAAGUCAUAGAGAAAAUCCCUCAAGAUCAGCAGAAGGUUGGUGAGGAACCAUCUCCUCCGGCAGAGUCAACUGAAAUGGAGAUCACCGAAGGUGACUUGGAGGACCCUUCCAUGUCUCAAGCUGCCGUCAAAAUCCAAGCUGCCUUCAAAGGUUACAAAGUGAGAAAGGAAAUCAAAGAGCAGGAACGUCCAGUCUUUGUGGACACCUUCAAGGACUUUGUUGGCAAGAUAGGAGACACUCUCCAUCUGGAUUGUGUGGCCCACAGCAAGACAGACAUGACGGUCAGUUGGCUGAAAGAUGGUAAUGAAAUUAAGGACGGGCGGCAUUAUCAUAUAGACAAUUACAACGAUGGGACCUGUUCCUUGAUUAUUGCUGGUCUGGAAAUGAAUGACAAGGGGAAGUACACUUGUGAAGCCUCCAAUAAAUUUGGCAAGGUCUCUCACAGUGCCAAGGUGACCAUCCAACCUCAAGCACCUUCUCGAAAACUGAAACCCGCCAACAAGCUUCCCGACAGCGAAUCGGAGAGCUCAUCCGGCAGCGAAUUGGACGAUGCUUUCCGUAAAGCCGGCCGGAGGCUCCACAAACUGUUCAAGUCCAAAAUCUCCACUGAGAUCUCUGAUGUCGACGAGGAACUGUUUGUCAGCGCGGACGAGGGAGAAAUUGAGGCAGCGGAUCGUCAGACCUAUCGGGAAGACGAACGCUACAUCUACAUCAAGUUCGAAGUUCACACGGAGGCCAAAACAGCUGCGGGUCGAUUUCAGGAGAUGUUUGCCGCUAUGGGUAUUCCUGUUGAGAUUGACAUUUUGGACCAGGGUCCUAAAAAGAUAGAGUUGCGUAUUGGGAAAGCCACUUCACCUCCUGCCGGGCAGUUGCGGACUUUGGUUCAACGGCCACCACCUACUUUGCUGACCUCCGAUACUGCUCCAGUCUUCAUCACUGAACUUCAAAAUCAAGAGGUGCAGGAUGGAUACCCGGUCAGUUUUGAUUGCGUGGUGAUUGGCAAGCCAAUGCCGACCGUCCGGUGGUUUAAAGAUGGCCAUGUUCUCGAAGAAGAUGACCAUUACAUGAUCAAUGAGGACCAGGAAGGAUGUCAUCAACUGAUCAUCACAGCGGUGGUCCCUCUUGACAUGGGGGUCUACCGCUGUGUGGCUGAAAACAGCAUGGGGGUGUCUUCAACAAAAGCCGAGCUACGAGUGGACCUAACCAGCACAGAUUAUGACACGGCCGGAGAUGCAACGGAGACCUCGUCGUACUACAGCGCUAAAGGUUAUCUGUCCAGCCGGGAACAAGAAGGAGUGGAGUCAACCACGGAAGAGGAACAGUUGCCUCAAAUCAUCGAUGAGCUUCACGAUAUUCACGUGGCGCCUGGAGCCCCUGUUGCCAAAUUCCAUUUAAAAGUGAAAGGUUUCCCUGAGCCCCGUCUCUACUGGUUCAAAGAUGGUCAGCCGUUACACACAAGUGAUCGUCUCCAAAGGACAGACAGCCACGAGUUUCACGCUCUGGAAGUUCUCCAGGUCACCAAAGAGGACGAUGGCCAGUAUUCUGUCUUCAUCACCAACUCUGCCGGGUCUGCAUAUUCUGCAGCCAGGCUCAUAGUCAAAGGAGCUGGUGAGGACAGAAAACAAGAAAAAGACAUUUAUGAGCAGCUGGUGCCACCAAGAUUCCUGGAAAGAUUUACCAACAAGAAAGUGAGGAGAGGAGUCAGCAUUACCCUUUCAGUGAAGGUGGAAGGGACUCCAUCACCCUCAGUAACGUGGUUGAAGGAAGAAUCUCAUGGUGAAGACAUCCUCUGGAUCAAAUCGGAUACUCCAGGUUAUAAACUGGCCAGUUCCAAUAUGCAGCACAGUCUGAUCUUAUUGGAUGUGGAAAAAACCUAUAGUGGAAACUAUACGUGUAUUGUCUCCAAUCAGGCUGGUCAGUCUAUCUGUAGUGCUUCAUUGGAAGUUUUAGAUGUGAAAGAGGCUGAAUCUCUGACUCAGGAGCGUGUGAUGGUGACAGAGGCCAUCAUGACAUCAAUUGGAGCUCAAACUUCUGAAGUCAGAAAAGGGGAGCACAUGGGACGUGAAACAGUCCAGAGUCAGAUUUCUCUAACCGAAGUGGGAACCGAGGAAUUUCUGCAGAAACUGACAUCUCAGAUCACGGAAAUUGUAUCUGCAAAGAUAAGUCAAGCUUCCCUCCGAGUUCCUGGGGCUGACAGUGACGAUGAAUCAAAAACACCAUCGGCGUCUCCGCGGCACGGCAGGUCCAGACCUUCCUCCACUGCUCAGGAAUCUUCCUCCGAAUCCGAUGAAGGGGACGCAAGGGGAGAGAUUUUUGACAUCUACAUGGUCAUUGCUGACUAUAACCCAAUGGGGGCAGACCGUGAAACCAUCACUCUGAAGGAAGGGCAAUACGUGGAGGUUUUAGACUCUGCUCAUCCUUUGAAGUGGCUGGUCAGGACGAAACCCACCAAGUCAAGCCCAUCGAGACAAGGUUGGGUUUCUCCAGCCUAUUUGGAUAAGAAGUUAAAGCUCUCUGCAGAGUGGGGUAUACCGGAUGUUCCAGAGUUCCAUGGAGAAUCUGUUUCCGAGGAUGAAUAUCGGAAGAAAUUAAGCCUUAUCAUUCAAGACCUGCUGGGCACAGAAGAGGAAUAUGUCAAGGAUCUUCAAUUCCUCCAAACACACCACAUCCAGUUCACCGAGACUUGUCCUGCUGUUCCUGUUGCUGUAUCCAACCAGAAGCCUGUUAUUUUCAGAAAUAUUACUGACAUAACACAUUUUCAUUCCAACACCUUCUUCCCAGAGCUUCAGAAGUGUGAUACGGAUGAUGACGUGGCCAUGUGCUUCCUUAAAAAUGAAACUGAAUUUGACAAAUACAUCACCUAUUUGGUGGGCCGAGUUCAAGCUGAGUCCAUUGUGGUCAGCAAAGCAGUCCAGGAAUUUUAUAAGAGAUACACAGAAGGGACGUUGGCCAGUGAGGAUCCUUCCCUGCCGCCGAUACUCCCUCUCCAACACUAUCUAGAGAGACCCAUAAACCGGAUCCAGAAAUAUCAAACAGCAAUCAAGGACAUGAUCCGAAACAAAGCAAGGAACUCUCAAAACUGCGCCCUUCUGGAACAGGCCUACGCCAUUGUUUCUGCACUCAACAGGCGAGCAGAAAACAACCUUCAUAUUUCUCUCAUUGAGAACUACCCUGGAACUCUGGAAAUAUUAGGAGAACCUAUCCGCCAGGGACAGUUCAUUGUGUGGGAAGGUGCUCCGGGGGCACGUAUGGCUUGGAAAGGACAUAAGCGCCACGCCUUCCUCUUCAAGGGUUACCUGCUCGUGUGCAAGCCAAAACGAGACACGAAGAUGGAUACUUACAGCUAUCUGUUCAAGAACAUGAUGAAGCUAUCUCACAUUGAUGUGAAUGACAUGAUCGAAGGCGAUGACCGGGCGUUUGAGAUCUGGCACGAACGGGAAGAUUCGGUCCGGAAGUAUCUCUUCCAGGCACGCACCGUUAUCAUCAAAAACUCAUGGGUGAAAGAGAUCUGUAGUAUUCAGCAACGGAUCAGUCUUCCCGUAUGGGAUCCGCCUGAUUUUGAAGAGGAACUGGCAGAUUGUACAGCAGAACUUGGUGAAACAGUCAAGCUAGCAUGCCGAGUCACAGGAACCCCCAAACCGGGCAUCACCUGGUAUAAAGAUGGGAAGCCAGUCGAAGUGGAUCCUCACCACAUCAUCAUCGAAGAUCCUGAUGGAUCCUGCACAUUGAUCCUUGAUAAUCUGACCGGAGUGGAUUCAGGGCAAUAUCUGUGCUAUGCAUCUAGUCCAGCUGGCAGUGCCAGCACCCUUGGGAAAAUUCUCGUCCAAGUGCCUCCUCGGUUUGUGAACAAGAUGAAACACGCCUAUUAUGCCAGUGGCGAAGAUGCACAGUUUACUUGCACCAUUGAAGGAGCACCAUACCCCCAAAUCAGGUGGUAUAAAGAUGGGAACCUCCUCACCGAUCCAAACAAACACCAGAGCUUCAGUGAGCCACGAAGUGGCGUGAUUGUCCUGGUUAUCAAAAAUGCCUGUGAGGAUGACGAAGGUCUCUAUGAGUGCGAGUUAAUAAACAGGUUGGGGACCGCGAAGGGAGGCGCUCACCUUUACCGUCAAACUGCAACAGCCUUGGCUCCGGAGAAGAGACCCGAGCAAGCAAUCACAAUAGAAGUCACUGAACAAGAAACUAAAGUGCCUAAGAAAACCAUCAUCAUAGAGGAAACCAUCACUACCGUUGUGAAAAACCCGAGAACCAAAAGAAAGCCAUCUCCUGCCCGUCCAUCUUCCAGCUACGCUCCUCGAUCUCCGGGCUCAGAGUUUGCAACAUCAGAGCCAAUUUACAUCAGCAAGAUUAGGCAACCCGGUCCGAGGCACGAUCCCGAAGGAGUGGGGAAGACCGCCAUUCCUACUGUUUUUGUGAGGGACCCUCAGGAGAGGCAAGGAGCUCCAGGCAGGAGUAUCAGUAUAGAAACCCCUCUGGAAGAACAGCGUAAAUGGGUAGAAGUGGAAGAAAUCAUUGAGUUUAAUGUGCAGAAACCAACCCUGAUGUCAAGGAAGAGAGGCGCAUCUCCUGCGCGACCAGAGAAGGAGGAAUUUACGUCAGGUUAUCCUUGGCCCACCACAAGAUCCAGGCCUUCUUCUGAAGAUGACCCAAACGUGAAUAAUUCCAACAACAAAAGAGUCGAGCAGGUCGAAUCUCCCAUCUCCCAAGAUGUUCAAAGAUCUUCAGGGCCAUCGGGUAACCAAAACGAAAGUUCUCGCGUGGAGCUAGAAGGAAAGGCACAUCUUCAUGAAUCCAGGAGCUGGACUGACUCAUCUGGGACUACCACGGUUGAAACAUCUCAGGCGGGCCUUCAGCUCCCCCAAGUUGAGGACUAUGUUGUGGAGGAAUCCUCUCCAGAAGACGAGACUCUUCCAGAUAAAAAAGUGACAGUAGAUUACCCCGAUCGGGGAGACCUCUCUGAUCUUGGCAACCGUGAAGUCAAAAUCCUUACCCGGAAUGGGAAAGCAUUAACUUUGGAGGACCUUGAAGAUUAUGUCCCUGAAGAAGGAGAGACUUACAGGUGCAGCCGUCUUAAUUCCGAAGAAGAUAAACCUUGCGAGAUAGCCGUUCUCCAGACCGAGAUCAACAAACCCACCAUUGGGAAACCAGUAUUACUGAAUGUCGGAAGACUUGUGUCUUCUAAACCCAGCCAAACCUUCUUCAGCAAUUUUGAAGGCCAUCAACCUGGAAGUAUCUUCAUGUCGGCGUCCAGAGUGACCGAGAUGCAACCUAGAGAUCCUACCAACGUCUCUUUUCAGAUUGGCGACUCCCACCGGCCAACUUUCUGCACGCAGGUCCAGCUGUCCCCAGAGAGUGGCGCAUCCAAUUUCAAAACCGAAGUGUCCACCCGAAGCUACAGCACUGCUGUGGGAGAGACGGUCACGUUCCGCAUCAAGAAGGACGAUCCUUCCCAAAAACUGCAAGCGCCUGCUGGCAAAACCGGAGAAAGUGACACAUUGACCAGGGAAAUAAACAUCAUUCCCCAAGACAAAAGUGUGUCUGAAUGUGCUAUUCUCUCUGCCAAGGUCUUCGAAAUGAUGGCAGAGGUGCCGUGGUUCAGGAAUGAAGGAGCAGAGAACGUUUUGGAUUUAGCCAGGGAAGCCACUGAGGGCAUCGCAGAGAGAACCUGUGUGGAUAAAAAAGGCGAAAAGGGCGUCACAAGUCCACCCUACAUGCAGGUGCCCCUUGAGGAUGUCCAGGUUCGGUGUGGGGAAAUGGCCAAGUUCCAAGCCAUCAUUGAAGGCAAUCCUCAGCCGGUUGUCGGAUGGUUCAAGGGAAUUUCCUUGUUGCUGGACAGCGAAAGGAUCUACCAGUCCAACGAAAACACGAGCUACUCUCUGAUCCUCUACAACACUCGGGCCGAAGAUGGAGGGGUCUACACCUGCAUGGCUAAAAACGCUGGAGGGGAGGUGGUCUGCAAAGCGGAGCUGGUGGUGCAGGAAGACAAGAAAAGUCAAGAGGCGAAGAAGCGAAGCCCACGAAGGAAACUUCAUUCUUUCUACGAGGUUAAACAGGAAAUAGGAAGGGGCUCCUUCAGCAUUCUCAAGAGAGUCAUCCAUAAAGCCAACCGUGUGGCUUGUGCAGCAAAAUUCAUCCCGUUGCGAAGUCGAACGAGAGAACAGGCUUAUCGGGAGAGAGAUAUUCUAGUGCAACUUUCCCACGAUCGAAUUACUCAACUGCUGGACCAGUUUGAAACACGGAAAACCUUAAUUCUUAUUUUGGAACUAUGUUCCAAUGAAGACCUUCUGGACCGACUGUACAAGAAGAACAAGGUGACAGAAGCAGAGGUCAAAUUCUACAUCAAGCAACUUCUAGAAGGCAUCCUGUAUCUUCACAGCAAUGAAAUAUUACAUUUGGACAUCAAGCCUUCAAACAUUUUGCUGGUCCACCCCGACAGGGAUGACAUUAAGAUCUGUGAUUUUGGCUUUGCCCAAAGGAUAAAUCCAUCACAGCCUCAGCACAGCACUUAUGGAUCUCCAGAAUUUGUCCCACCAGAAGUACUGUCCAGGUCUCCAGUGUCAACGGCCUCGGACAUCUGGCCAGUUGGCGUUAUUAGCUAUUUAAGCUUGACCUGCAAGUCUCCCUUUGCUGGGGAAAAUGACCGUGCGACCCUGCUUAACGUCCAGAAUGGGAUCGUUGCAUGGAAAAGCUCUGAUUGGGAUCAUCUGAGCAAAGAAGCCAAGGAUUUUAUUGAAAAAAUCCUUCAACCAGCUCCUGGAACCAGGCCAAGUGCGAUGGAAUGCCUCUCUCAUCCCUGGUUUUCUCACAAACCCCCAUCUGAAGAGGCUCAUUUUAUUGAGACAAAACCGCUCAACUUUUUUGUAUCCCGAAGCAAAUGGCAGCGAUCUCUUAUGAGCUACAAGUCGUUGCUUGUGAUGAGACCAAUCCCAGAAAUUCUAGAAAAGCAUCACAAGAACACCUCACUUGGCGUCUCCCGGCAACUGGUCGAAGAGAGCAGUUCCUCCAGCACCAGUGGGUCAUCUUCAGACAACGAAAUUUUGGUGUCCUCUGGAAAAAAACCUUUCGGACCCAUUCCGGAGGUUCGUCUGUCUGUGCUGGAAAGAUCAAACGGUCGAGAUGAUGAAGUAUUUGAAGAUGAGUUCAAACUUCCUGAAGACGCCAUGCCGCCGGUCAAAACCAGAAGGUUGAAGGAGCCUUCAGCGAAGGGACAGUUGGAUGGACAUCCUGUCCGAGAACGAGAAAUCUCCGAGGGUGACGCCCAUGGAAGAACACUGUUUGAGUUGGCUUCGUUGCAAGAUCAAACUGGAUUGUUGCCUCCAGAGGAAGGAAGAAUAGAACGGUCUCCAGGUUGUGUCCCGAGACAUAGCGUCAUCAAAAGUACUUUUUACAGCCACCCAUCGGAAAAUCUGACCUAUUUUCCUUCCUCACCGGGAAAAGGGCAAAGAAAACAGUUAGAAAGAGCUAAGAGGUCUUACAGGAAAGCUGGAUAUUCAAAGUCCGCUUUAACUGGCCUGCGGGAACCCUUACUAGAACAGUUUGAAUUUGGGAGAGAAGGAGGACCGUUGGCGGACGCAGAAUUGGGGAAGGAACGAGAAGGAAGUUAUGGACCCCUAAUCACCAAAUCGGCUUCUUUUGAUACUGCUCAGAAAUCUCCCAAAGUGACUUUCCAGGUAUCGGCCAGGAGCCGUUCUUUGGAUGACUACAGAAUAAGAGCUGGGAGCUUCGCUGAGGAACAGGAGAUUGCAGAAGAAGACCUGGAUGCCAUGCCGCAGGGUGGCCCAGCAGAAGGAACUCAUCUGAGGGACGAAAAAAUGUCAGCAGCCAAAGCUAGGGAUGGUUUUUCUGAAGAAUACCCAAAGUUAGCCCCGCUGGAUGACAAGGAAAGAUCCAAGUUGGGCCUUCAGCAGGACAAGGAGACCUUGAUUUUGGCACGGGGCUCUGAAAAAGUGGAAGAUUCGCCGCCGAAAACGAAUGUGCCACGUUUAGUGGGAAUAUCUCCUCAAGGCAGAGAAGAUCAGAUUCUAGAAGCUCAGCAAUCUGGUUUUGCUUUAGGGUUGGCUUCAAAAAAUGACAUCGAGGAGGAGCAGAUACCCGUGUCUUUUCCUUACAGGGAUGGACGAACCAUUUUUCCACAAGGGGAAGCCUCUGGUUUGAGAGUGCCACCCUCAGAGACCCCAAAUUUGGUGUCUUGGGAUAGCAAGGAGAAAAAAACAUCCCGUGAGACAACCCCAACUUCUCCCAAGAGUGUUGAAGGACAUCAACAAGGAGAAAGUCUUCAUCUUCUGAAGGCUGUUCCCUUUCACAUCACUCAUGCUCAGACUGAGAAGCAGCUUGCUGGUGCUCCAGACAAGAGUUCCGCCUCCUCUGUCCUUGAGGAAUGGCAAAGUACAUCCCAGAAGCUCUCAGGAUCCCACUUGACCAAGUCAGCCAUGUUAGAGAAGAAAGAUCUGGAGAAGCUGGACAUCCCUCAAGCAAAAAUGGCCACACCUUCCAUCUCCGAGAGUGCAAAGCAAAAACCUUUACAUCAGUUGCCCGUGGCACAUCUGGAAAGGAAGCUACCUGUUGCAAAAAGUGAAGGUCCUGCUCAUCCAGAGACAGUUGCUCUGGGAGGAAGCCAGCACCAAUCACAACGAGAGUUUCCUCCUUACAGAAGACCAUCCCCUACUAGCCCAAGAAGCGCUGCUGCUCUGAGGCAAGCAUCUUCCCAACCAGGGUCUGCCUCAGCACCCAUGCUUCACGGAGAAACCCAGGUAGCCUCACUUCCAAAGUCCUCUGCUUACCCAGGAAGAGAAUCUCUUCUCAGAGAGGCUCAGCGAGCUCCCCAAACCCAAGCAGAUCUGAUGUCUUUCUCUGAAGCUGAAAAGUAUGAGCUCUACCACCACCACCCGCCAUCUGCCCCUGGUGAGGCCCUCAAGGGCCGAACACCUGUUGUAGCGGGCUAUUCUCAAGCGAAAACGAGACCUUUUGCAACUUCUGGGAAAAAAGUCUCCGUAACUCAAAUCCAAAGACCACAUUCCAUUGGAGAAGGCAGAAGCCACGAACAGAGACUUUACGGUGACUCAGAGGCUCCUGUUGUGGAAAACUUAGCGGAGAAGAUGGCUUACCGAUCGAAAGCAACACCUCCUUGGCCAGAAUCACCCCAAGAGGAGAUGCCCCAUCAAAAGUCACCUGGCCAAGCGGUGAGACCGAAAAGUAGGUAUCUGGUGCGCAGAGGCAAGAGAGAAGGAGGCAUUGGCCUAGCCGAUCCUUCAGAAGCCAAUAUUAUCUAUCCUGGAGAAGAAGACUAUUUCAGCCUUCAGUUUUACCUGAACAAGAAAGCCAGGAUGUCUUCUUCUUAUGAAGGCUCGGAUUAUCCAGGAAGGAGCCAAAUGUAUGAAAUUGCCCUUGUGCAGAUCCAGGAUCUCUCGGAGAUGCCGCGUCCUGAUAGCAAAACCUCCAAAUUUGAUAUCACGGAGGUGGAACCAGCUUUCCUCAACCUCCACGAACUCUAUGACAUUGUCUAUUCUCCAUUUGAGUUCCUGAGUUUCAGGAAAGCUCCUGAAAAUUUGCCCACCAAAAGGCCACCUGGAUUCAAACUCCCUUCUCAGCAGGAGAAAAAAAUAUGUCUCAGGGAGGAUAAAUUGCCUGAGGCGGACCUCAAGGAACCUUCUGGACAAAAGGAAGCAGAUGCCCUCAAAACGGAGAUAGGUCCUGAACCAGCCAUAGCACCUCGGAUAGGAAAAAGGUCUGACUCCGAAGGUGAUCUACCGACGGGGUCCCAAUAUGACCUCCCUUCGGAUUCAAAGAGGAAGAGGAAGAGUUCUCUCCAGAGUGCCUUAGGACUUUUCAAGCCCAUGGUCCGCUCUCAAUCCAUGGAGCAGGUGGAACUCAGUCUGGGGAAGAGGAUGAAGGCAUCCGUAGCUCAGUUCUCAAAGAUGUUGACCAGAAAACUUUCCAGUGAAGACACCAGAACAGCCUCUGAGGAAGUCAAAAGUGAGCAAGCUGAGAGGACCUCUUUGACAGAGCCUUCCCCAACUUCCAAAAAGAAAAGGAUGUUCUCUGCAUUCACCUUGCCCAGCCUCAAGACUAAGGACAAAGGACCUUCCUUCACCGAAGAGCUCACCGAUCAGACAGUUGCCAUCGGACAAUCCCUGACCCUCUCCUGCCGGACCUCCUCCCAUUCCUUCUCUGGCAUAGAAUGGUCCAAAGAUGGAGCAGCAAUUUGCAGCACGGAUCGGAUCCUGAUUUCUUCAACUCUAAAACGGUUCCAGAUUUUAACCGUGUUAUCCGCUACGAUGGCGGACUUUGGCGUCUACACCUGCAAGGCUACCAGUUCCCACGGUACUGUUUCCACCUCCUGCACCAUAAGGAAAGCAGAGGCACCUUCAAACAUACCUGCUCCUGAUAUCCUUGAAGUUCUUGAAGAUGGUGUACGGCUGGCCUGGGAAGCAGUGGAACUCAACCACCCAGUGACUUACACGGUUCUGUGCAAGAAGGACGAUGGAGAGUGGAAAACCCUGGCCAGUGACAUCCCAGAUUGCUGUUACACAGUUGAACACCUUCCUCGGGGUUUGGUCUACUCCUUUCGCAUUGCCUGCGUAAGCCCAGCCGGCGUGGGUCCAUACAGCUACCCAACUCCCAAAGUGAAAAUCGGUGAAGAAGAUCAAGCAGCAUUUCAAGCUCAGGAAGAAGAGAACAGGAUGGCAGAACUGCCAACCCACCAGACCUAUGCUUUUCAGACUGAGAUUAAAAGGGGCCGUUUCAGCAUCAUCAAACAAUGCCGAGAAAAAUUCAGCGGAAAUCCCUUGGCUGCCAAAAUCAUCCCGUAUCAGGCGGAAGAGAAAGACCACAUCCUACAGGAAUACCAGAUCCUAAGGAAACUGCACCACACCAACAUAGGGCAGCUGCAGGGGGCCUACGUGAGUCCACGCCACCUUGUGCUAAUUGUCGAACUCUGCGUGGGGCCCGAGUUGCUUCAUGCCUUAGCUGGGAGGUCUUCGUAUUCAGAGGUGCAGGUCAGGGAUUACCUGUGGCAGAUUCUCAGUGCCGUCGAGUAUCUUCACAAUCAGGACAUCGUGCAUCUGGAUCUGCGGUCUGAAAACAUGGUGAUUGUGGAGCCCAACCUGUUGAAACUGCUGGACUUCGGCAACGCCCGGUUCUACACCCCAGAUCAAAUCAUAACCGUGGAUGGAUGCACGGACUAUGUAGAAACCAUGGCUUCAGAACUCCUAUCGGAGAAGGGAGCCGUUCCACAGACAGACAUCUGGGCGAUUGGCGUGACAGCUUUUAUCAUGCUGAGUGCCGAAUAUCCCAUCAGCUCCGAGGGUGCCUGUGACUUCGGAAGGCUGGUCAAGCGAGACAAAAUACGACUCAACAAAUGUUACGCUGGCCUUUCGGGGGGAGCCAUCAACUUUCUCCAAAGCACGCUUUCCUUGAAUCCAUGGAGAAGGCCAACAGCCACAGAGUGUCUCCAGUCUUCGUGGCUGCAAGAGACCGGCUUGGACGAACACCAGCAAGCCACGGUGACCUUCUCUACCGCCAAGCUGAGAAAUUUUGUGGCCGAACGCGAGCGGAAAAGAGCGCUCCUCUGUUCAAAGUACGGCGUGAUGGCUGUGUAGCCCACAAAACCUCUUUCACACCAUCUCCAAAAAGCAAGCAUUUUUAUGCAGCGUGUUGGCGAGAUCUCGGAAGCCUGCAGGUUAAGGCAUUUAUUGUGAGUGUGGAAGAGAAGAGGUCCCAGUUACAACAGACGGACGCAUUUUAUUUAUUUUACAGCAAUGCUCCGCUCCUGUCUUCAACAAUGUGGUAUAGUUAACGGAUGUGGGAAGGUGAAUGUUGGGCCCGAAAGAUUAUCUGUUUCAAAAGCAUUUUAAAGGUGCAUGUAACCCACAGAAGGAGCUUAUGAAAUCUCUGGCUUAUUUAUUUAUUUUGGAAAGAAAAAAAAGGAAGUAUUUAUGAAGAAUCUGAUUUUUUUUUAAAGGCUUUAAAAAAAAAAACUGGAGGGGAAGAAGAAUCCACACAAUAUUUCCGUUGUUCGCCAUCAGUUGAGCAUGCAAAUGUCCACGAACUUAAUAACCGUUUCACCAAAAAC